CUCUGUGGUUAAAAAAAAAUUCAGAAUGCAUGCAAAGAUUCAGUGCAAUGUUCAAAGUUCAUAGAGGACUACAGGAAGAUGUUACGCAUGUAUAAUUUACAGAGUGGGCGGCACAGUGGCGUAGUGCUUAACACUGUGGCCUUGUGAGGAUUUGAUUCCCACCUCGGGUCUGUGUGUGCGUAGUUUGCAUGUUCUCCCCAUGCCUGGUGGGUUUUCUCCGGGUCCAAAGAUGGCAGAUUAGGUUAAUUAGCGUUUCCAAAUUGCCAGUAAUGUGUGUGUCCUGCGAUGAGAAAUCUUAGCAAUCUUGUCAUUACUGUUCCGCCCCUACAGUAUACCAUGGGAACACAACAUUCUGCAGUUCCACUGUUUUGAAGCUGGUGGUUAUUUUUUCUAAACCAGCAUCUUGGGCAAUAGAUCUCAUCCAAAAGAAGAUUUCUUCCUGUCUAGGCUUGGCACUGAAAUACUCUGCAUUUCAGAUUUAUCUCAAGUCAUGUCUCCUCUGAGCGGAAAGGUCCAGACAGUCCUGGGCCUGAUGGAUCCAGACAAACUGGGUCGCACCAUGACCCAUGAGCACCUGACCGUGACCACUGAGUGCGGCUUCAUCCCUCCGGCUCCAGGACACGAGGACAAUACCUCCGUACCCAUCCAGGUGAAAAACUUGCACUGGCUUCAGCAGCACCCGUACAGCCACCGCGAGAACCUCCUGCUGUACCAGGAGAUCGAGGCGGUGCGAGACGAACUGGUCUGCUUCAAGAAGACUGGGGGUGGCACCAUAGUGGAGAACACGACUACGGGUAUAAGACGAGAUCUGCCCGCUUUACGCCAGCUGGCCAUGGAUACAGGGGUCAACAUUGUUGCAGGGGCCGGGUACUACGUAGACAUCACUCAUUCUGAUGAGAUGAGGACGAUGACUGUGGAGAAGCUCACUGAUGUUAUAGUGAGAGAAGUGUCACAUGGUGCUGAUGGAACUGAUAUCCGCUGUGGCGUGAUCGGGGAGAUUGGCAUAAGCUCACCAAUCACAGAGAGUGAAAAGAAAGUGCUGCUUGCCACCGCACAUGCACAGACACAGCUGGGAUGUCCGGUUAUCAUUCACCCGGGCCGGAACCGUGCCGCCCCUGGCGAGAUAGUCCGAAUCCUUCAGGAGGCAGGAGGGGACAUCUCUAAAACUGUGAUGUCCCAUCUGGACAGAACUAUAUUUGAUCACGAUGAGUUGCUGGAGUUUGCGAAAUUAGGAAGCUACCUUGAGUACGACCUCUUCGGCAUAGAAAUGCUGGACUACCCCUUUAAUUUGCACAUCGACAUGCCGAGUGACAGCCAGAGGGUUCAAACUCUGGCAUUUCUAGUCAAAGAAGGCUACGAGGACAGGAUCGUCAUCUCUCACGACAUCCACACCAAGAACCGCCUGACCAAAUACGGCGGGCAUGGUUACUCCCACAUCCUGAAGAACAUUGUGCCCAAAAUGCUUUCCAGGGGCAUCAGUCAAAAGCAGGUGGACAAGAUACUGAUCGACAACCCCAAGCAGUGGCUAACCUUCAAAUAGAUCUGGUAUUGAGUCAUGUAAUCACUCUGCCCAAGCGUUGUGCGUUCUGAUGAGGAGAAAAUAAAUAACUGCUUAGGGUGAUUUCAAGACACUUUGUUUUAUAAUCUUUUGGUAUGCUAAAAUUGCUAAAAAAAAUAAAUAAAUAGAUGAGCUAGAAUUAAAAUUUACAAAAUCUACUAUCUUAAUUAGAAAUAUGUUGUAAGGACAUGCACUAAGACAAAUUUACACUAGGGGGUGCUAUGAUCUAAAAUUAUGACAAUUAAGAUAGUUUAUAUACACUUACAGUAUUACAGUUUACGCUGUUGUUCAUAUUGAUUUCUUAUAACAUGUUACCAAAGCAAAGUUAACAAGUUAGCUCUUUUAAGUCUUACCAAUGCCUUUUUAAUGUGUUGUCCUUUGUCUUAACUCUUAUGGACAGAGAAUGAUUUCACAUGUUUUAUUCAUUAACAUUAUUAUCAUGUCACUUUGGAAACACGUUCUUAUAUCAUGCUAUAAAAAUAAACCUGAUGUGAUAAAUCUG